AUGGGUCUUGAUAGUGAAUCAACAAUCGAAGAACAUGAAAUUGCAUCAACGGCUACUAAACAUGCUCAUCAUCAUACACAUUAUCAUGAUCAUCAUGCUACAUCAGAACAAGAAAAAUACAUGAAUCAUGAUAGAAUUCUAACACUUUAUACAGUUUUACCUGAAAGCAGUGUUAAAGUUGAACAAUCAUCUUUAUUAUCAACAAAUCGAUCGUAUCUAUGA